CAACAAGAUGGUAAGGGUGCGGUUCUGUCUUGUUCCGGGCCUACUCAACCCUUCUUCUGCAUCGAGUCGGAGCCAAUGAGUUCUGGAGUGUUGUGAUGUAUUGUGUGACGCCUUGCCUUUUGUGUGUCGUCAUGUGGACUUGCGCCAAUCGACAACGAGAAACGUACCCAUUCAUCAGCGCCAUACUGGGGAGCUCGUUCUAAAGCGAGGCCACCUUGGCUCGUUUUGUAAGUACGAUCGGUUCGGCGCCAAUGUCUUCUGUACAAUGGCUACCAACUCGCCAGAUCCAUACGCAGUCAGAAGUAGCGUGGCCUCUCUGACGAGCAUACACGCUAGUAGGAGCAGCGACAUGCAGCUCGCAAGUUCGCAGCCCGGUUUUAUGCGCGACCCUGCGGAGUUCAAGUACAUGCCGCCGCAGCACCAGAGCCCUAACGGGCACGCUCUUGGCCCUCACACCCAGUGGGUCGGCUUUUCUCCUCACGGAGACCCGGGUACGUGGCCGUCCAGCAUGGCUCACCACGGUUUGCAUACGCAGGACAUCAAACCUCCACCCCACGCUGGGGUUGAACUACACUCAGGCACUUUCACCCAGUACCGUCCCUCACAGCAGGUGCCAGCGUCCUACCCGUGGCAUCCGACGUCGUUGGCAUCAUCUCAUAUGACGGGCAUGGUACCUCCAGGGAACGGAUCAUCUCCCCCACAACGUCCGGCUUAUGGGAUGAAUGGAAUAUUAACACACGGCACUAGCCAGCUUCAGCCGGUCAUGAGGGACAUGUCUCAACACCUAGUAAGUGACCUAAACAACCAUCACCAUUAUCACGAUUCCAUAUACCAUCGCAGUUUCGAUUCCAGAUCAGUUGAUAAUGACCACGCCGUAAUAAACGAAUCACCACCACCCAAUUCAGAAGAUCUCGAAACGUUUGCCAAACAGUUCAAACAGAGACGAAUUAAGCUCGGGUUUACGCAGUCCGACGUUGGUCUGGCCCUGGGGACGCUCUACGGGAAUGUAUUUAGUCAGACAACCAUUUGCAGGUUCGAGGCUCUACAGUUGAGUUUCAAAAACAUGUGUAAGCUGAAGCCACUGCUAUCUAAGUGGCUCGAGGAGGCUGAUAGUUCUACGGGCUCUCCGACCUCACUAGACAAGAUCGCUUCUCAGGGUCGCAAGCGGAAAAAGAGAACCAGCAUUGAAGUGUCUGUGAAGACAGCGCUGGAAACUCACUUUCACAGACAACAGAAACCAGUGGCUCAAGAAAUAGCAAGUCUGGCGGAUAGCUUACAAUUAGACAAAGAGGUGGUGAGAGUUUGGUUUUGUAACCGACGCCAGAAGGAGAAGCGGAUGACUUCGAACGUUGACGCCGCAGGAAACCCUCUACCUGACAACGAAACGACAAAGGGACGACAGAAAAGCGAUGGAAACCAAGAUAUUCUUCUGAGGCAUACAGAAGGAGGGUUUCACAACAGUCAAAUCCCACCCCCCACAAACAGCCCGCCCGUGCUACAUUCUCCCCCACCUCAUUCCGCUAGCCAUUCCAUUACAACCAUAGGUCAAUCCUUGACCGCGCAUUGACAAGAAAUCAUAUGGCUUGUGUGAUUUUAUUUUUAAUGAUUAGGAACUACAAACAUUUGAUACUUGACAUGUGAUUCUUAGGCCUAAAACAAGUUAUGUGUAGUGGUGCAAUGCAUAAACAAAAUUUCGCUCUUUUUAGUAAACGAAAAGUUUACUUUUUUUUGCUCAUGUUGAGAGAACUUGUAUAUAAUAGUGACGUAACGUCGUCUUAGUUUUUGUGUUUUCGUGCCAAUUUCCCAUUCUCUCUCAUUAUCUUCGGACAGCAUCCUAAAUCUCAUGUAAAGAAGAUGAAAUAACGACUAAACAAGCUUAGAUAAGUACGAAAGGUGAGAACACACGCUAGUCGAAGUAGGAUCCGAGGUUAAGGUGAGAUGAAAAAAAAAAGAAAGAAAACAACACUAAAAGUCUAAGAAUACAUACACGCCUGCAGCUGUCAGGGAAUUUCAAAUAUCCGUUUGAAGAAACGUGAAACACUCAGCGACAACAGAUUUGAUGUUAUAUUAAUGAAGAUUCGUAUUCUUAGAUAAAGCGUGGUGAUAGAGUAAAAUUCAAGAUUAUCCUGUAAACAAUGAAAGACGGAUUAGCAAGUGAUUCUGUGUGUGUAUUACACGAACCUGAAGAUUUAGGCAUUCUUGAGAUAAUGAUCGGUGUAAACAUUAGUUAGUUUUUCAGAAUGCUUGUUUGGUAAAAGUUUAAUAACUGAUGCUAAUCAGGCGUGGAUUAUAAAUAAAUUUCAAAUACCAAAACUGGUAUAUUUUUAUACACAUGGACAUGUGUUAAAAGUUUCCAUUCGCAGUUUAAACUCACAAAAUAUUUAACUUAUGCAUGUCGUGUAGGAUCUAGGUUUCGUCCCCGACAAGGACAGAAAGAGGCCACUUAUGAUGCUAAGUGUUUGAAUAGUUAAAGCUUAAGUUUGUGCUUAAAUCAAAAUAUCACGUGGCUCUUUUGAAAAUGUGAUGUCAUUAACACCAACAACAAAUUUCACUAAAAAGUAGAGUUAUAUUCUUUGCACUUUGGUUAUUUAAUGUCUGGGGGUAUUGGAUAUUUAUUACCAUUACAGACCCAGUUGGAGUUGACACUUUUACCGGUGUAUAUUAAUGUAUUUGUGUGUAUGUAUGGUCAUUGACUGUACUAAAUAUAUAUAUAGCUAUAUAUAUAUAGCUUGGUAUAACUGUAUCAUAUACGCUAAGUUGAAAUGAUAAACAAUAAACAUCAA